ACUAACAAUCACAUAAAUAUGUAUGUGAAGAGUGGUAAAACAGCCACUAGGUUUCACCUCCAUUUACCUAAAACAUAACCCCACUGCAACCCUAAUUCUCAUUGCACUCAUUUUUCAAGCAAUCCCCAUUUUUGGCAACAGACAAUUUUCAGAUGAACUACUACAAAACUCAACCACACAACCCUCAGUCCCAAACCCCAAAUCUAAUUCAUUAUUAUCUCAUUUUUCAAGAAAUCAAACAAGCCCUCCUCCCUCUUCAUUUUCUCCAUCUAUGGACAGAUAUUCUCGCGACGGAGCGAAUCUGAGCUUCGAGAGAGACCGGGCAUACGGGUUCUCGUGGCCUCAGAGGAACUAUAGCUGCAGCUUUUGCAACAAGGAGUACAAAUCUGCUCAAGCUCUUGGAGGUCACAUGAAUGUGCACAGGAGAGAUAGAGCAAGAAUGAGGCUUUCUCCAAAUCCAAACCCUAACCCUAACCCUAACCCUAGUUUGUCAUUGUCGUCGUCUGCGAUGCCCUCCACAGCUAAGUUCUUGCCUUGUAAUGUAGCACAUCUUGCUGAGGUCAGCUCACCCUCUCCACCUCCUCCCCGAGAAGACGAGCUUGGAGCCACCGGCUUUUCCUCACCGCGCCAAAGCAUGGGGAAAUGCAAGAAUGGUGAUGUGGAAAUGCUUGAGUUUGCUAGCUUUUCAAGAAGAAAUGAUGUUAUUAGAUUGGAUUUGAGCUUGGGUUUGAUGCAAGAUGCAAAGGAGGAUUCGAAUUCGGAUUUGGAUAUGGAUUUGGAUUUGGAUUUGGAGCUUCGACUUGGUUGUUCAUAGAGAUGGUAUGUCCAAAAAUGUUUUUUAUUUGGACCUUGAAAUUUUUACCUCUUUCUUCCUUCCUCUUGAAAUUUGGAUUACCACUCUUUAAGUAGAGACAAUUAAAAGCAAAAAAAAAUCAUAUAAAAUGAAUUGCAAAUCACCUUUCUUUUCU